AUGUCACCUUAUUCUCAUAAUUCAUCAUCUAACAAUAUCCAUAAUAAUAGUGCUUCAGCAGCAGCAAAUCAGUCUAAUAACAGUAAUAGCAAUAUAUCUUCUUCAAAAAGAAACAUUAGAAAGCCUGUACCACAAGGUCCAGGACCAAAUCAAGAAAGAGGUAAAGGAAUCGUGGAAUUCUUGGAAAUGUCCGGAUUAGGUGCAAUCAGAAAUCUUACUAGACUUGGAGGAGUUCCAAUCUCACAUGCGAGGAAACUAAAUGUAAUUUGA